CGAUACACCACUCACCCUUACGAGCUCAACAAUCGCGAUGCGUCCAGACGGUCCUCGCCCAACAGUUGCUGGCCCUUCAAGUGGACCAGAACCUCCAUUUCCAUUGAAGCUUGACGGCAAAGUAAUCAAAGGAUUUGGACGUGGCAGCAAAGAUCUCGGUAUACCAACUGCCAAUAUCCCUCUCUCCGGGCUUUCCGUUGGUGGACACGAAGAUGUAGAGUCUGGUGUUUACUUUGGUUGGGCCGGCCUCUCGCCUUCUCAGGUCACAUCUCAGCACACGCCCGGCACCGAUACCAAAUACGAUCUUGCGGCCGAAGAGACGUACAAGAGGCUGAAUGCUGUGAUAUUGGAGCAAAAUAGAAAGGAUGAGGGUAGCCAGAAGGGCGCUGACAAGGGCGCCGUAUACCCCAUGGUUAUGUCCAUCGGAUGGAAUCCAUUUUACAAGAAUACUGUGCGCAGUGUCGAAGUGCAUAUCAUGCAUCACUUCGAGAAGGACUUUUAUGGUAGCCAUAUGAACGUCUCAAUACUUGGGUUUAUACGCCCAGAGCUUGACUACGUGGAUAUGCAGAGCCUGAUUGACGACAUCAAAACGGAUAUCACAGUCGCUGGGAACAGUCUGAGCAGACCUGCCUAUGUCAAGCACUAUAAGGACCCAUAUCUGUUGGACUUCGAAGACAAGAACGAGGUUGCUAGCUAGUGUUGCAAUCCUGCGCUACUGUACAGCAUUACAUCCUCUUGUCACACUAAAGAAACCACACAUCGAUCUACAAAGGUCGCACUGACUUGGC